AUGUCGUUUUCCACUAUAUUUCCCAUCGAUGAACGGACGCCGAAAUCCUCCUGUACUCAAUCCUUUCCGCCAGUGCAGAAUAUCAAACUCCCGUCACCGUCAGAUCUUCCAGUCGAAUCGUUUCUCCCCAAAAAAAGGGGCCGGUCGAGAACAUCAAACGCAUUUAUGAUUUACCGAAAGCUCUAUUUCAAAGCACUAGCCGAACGAGGAUGUAGGUCCAAAAUGAUCGAUGUAUCGCGAUGGGCAUCUGCCGCUUGGGCUAAAGAACGUAUAGAGGUUAAAAUGGAAUUUAAUCAGUUUGCAAAUAAGCUUGAAGAUGUUUAUCUCAAAAUGCUGCGAUGUGAAGAAACGUCGUCUGCGGAAGAACAAUCGACAACCUCCUGCAACAAGACCAGCGGUAACUCGUUGCAAGAAAAUGUUAUUGAUUCUUCAAUGAGCCGCGCGAGUAAUGGCACCAUUGACACAAUUACGGCUCCACCGGGAUAUGUUAUUGCUGAAAAUGAUUAUUCUACCGUUUAUUCAAAUGAAAUUAUCGUUAAUACCGAUGCUCACAAUACGCAACCUGGUCAUUAUCCAUGGUUUGCAUGGCCGUAUGUGGUUCCUAACGAAUACUUUCUGAGUUAUGACGAUAAUAUGUAUUUCCUCUCGUUAGGAGAAGAUUUUCGUGCAAAUGAUUAUAGCAAUAAUGGUGUCAUUUAUCAAGCAGAACGGAGAUAA